AUGGCGGUAAUUAAUGAAGACCUACAAGCUGACGAACCAGGAGAGCUUGCAGAUGCAUCUGAAGCAAACGAAGCCAGAAAGGAGUCCUUCGUUUGGCCAGAUCAGGCAGUUCUUUUGUUUUUGGAGACCUACCGAGAUAAUGAGCCUGAUUUUGCCUCGGGUCUGAAACGCAACAACAAAAUAUGGGUGGAAAUUGCCAACGAAAUGAAGAAUGCUAAGUACAAUGUCACUGCUGCUCAGUGUCAAAAUAAAAUGUCCGGACUGAAAAGAACAUACAAAAAUAUAAGUGACAGCAACAAGAAUUCAGGUAAUCAUUCAAGUUCUUGGGCCUUUUACUCCGUUAUGGAUUCAAUAUUUGGAGAAAAAGCAUGGAUAGCACCUGCAUCAAUAGCUAGCAACGAUGGUCCACCCUCUCCAGGCUCUUCAUCAUCCACUUUAUCAGAGAAGUUAGCAGCAGAUCAGCCAAAACCGAAGAAAAGACGGGUGGAAUCCAUUUUAGAAUCGUUCAUCACAGAAAUCAAAAAAGAUAAGCAGAAGGAAAGGGAGAACAGAGAACAACGGAGAGCAGAAAAGGAAGAUAGAUGGAAACAGAUUAGACAAGAGAAGAUGGAAAUGCACAAAGACAGAAUACAGCUCCAGCAGUCUCUGAUUGAACUACUCGCUAAAAUUGCAGAACGCAAGGAGCCUUAUUUAGUUUAG